CCGACCCUGCCCUUCCCGGCCCGGGACCCCCUCCGCGCCCGGGGGCCCCUCUGCGCCCCAGGAGCCCCACGGCUCCUUCCCUCGCGCGCGCGCGCCCGAGCGUUACUUUCGGUGACUCCCUCUCCCGGGCCCUCAGACCGUCGGUGGCUCCCGGGCCCCCGCCUCCGGCCGCUCCGACGUGGCUGUCGGGGAGGGGGAGGGGGCGGGGGAGGGCGCGCUAUAAAGGCCGCAGGCUGCGCGGGCCGAGCCCCGAGACGUGGCGCGCCCACCCUGCCGGCCUCUCGUCCAGCCACGCCGCUCUUGACACCUCCAUCUCAGCGUAGCAGAGCCCAGAAGGGGCUGAAAGAGCCCAGAACACGACCUGGAAGAGUGAAGAGGCCGCUGUAGCAAUGACCAUGUUCUGUCCCAAGAGGGGCCGGCUCCUCUGGUUUUGAUCCUGGAAUGAAGAUACAUGAAGCUGACCCACCAAUGACACUGACCGAAAAAUAUUUGAAGGUGCCAGCCAUGGCACUGGUGUAUUUCCAUGUUCAAGUGGACCAGACUGGACUAAAAGCCCACAGUGGGAGGACAUACAGAUCUUCUCGCUCUUACUCAAAGCUCCUGGGCUGGAGACGUAUCAUACAUUACAAAGAAUGGACCUCCUGCAUGGUUAAACAUACAAUGGGAUGGGAUUGCCAAUUGCUCUGCUGUCGUGAAGCUCAUCCAUUCGUUGGCACAGUGCUUUUCCCCUCCUGGAUGCUCAAGAAAUAUGAUUUGAUGAUAAACCUACCUAUAAUUUCCAGAUGCCUUGCUUCCCCUCCUGUUGCUUCCUCAGCUCUUGCCAGGGAAGGCAAAGGGACUCUUGGAUGGAAAGCUGAAUUCUUGCAGAAGAAGAAGAGUAAAGAAGGGGUAGUGGAGGAGAGCAGAGCAACCCACACAGACAGGUGUCACUGGGGCUGGGCAGGGCCUGAGGGGUCCACUGGUUUGCAUACUAUCUACGCCAGCUCUCACACUCCAAGAGCAGAGAACAGACAGAGAUGGCAAGGUCUGAAAUAUUUGCUCUCUGGCUCUUCACCCAAAAAAAGAGCGCUGAGCCCUGAACUGUGA